AAUGUUGAUUCAGUGGGUUCUCUUUCAUUUGCAACCGUCAGGUAGGUUAUUAAAGUCCUUCAUUUCCCAUACACAACCCCCUUCUGCCCAUGACACACACACACAUGCAUGACUCAGCAUACUACCUCCUAUACAAAAUCUAAUGUGGACUGGGCGUGACGAGGCUAAGGAAUAACCACUCAGUGGAAGUAAUUAACGUUGUUAAUGCGGUGAGAAGGAGAGCCCUGAACAGUCACACACUCCAGGUUGAGGCAGAGAGACUGAAACGAGAAGAAAUGGCGGCUAAAGCAUGCAGUGUCCUGAUCACGGGGGCCAACCGAGGCCUGGGUCUGGAGAUGGUUAAACAGAUGGUGGGGUCUCCCCGGCCGGUCCACCAGUUAUUUGCCUGCUGCCGAGACCCAGACGGGCCCAGAGCUGAUGGUCUGCGAGACCUGGCAAAGAAGCACCCCAACGUCAUCACUGUCAUCCGUCUUGACGCCACAGACCACUGCAGCAUUAAGGAGUCAGCCAAGCAGGUGGGCAGUCUGGUGGGGAAGGCUGGGCUCAACCUGCUCGUAAACAACGCGGGGGGGCUGUCUCACGGCAACAUGCAGACCACAAGUACCCAGGACAUGCAGGCCGCAUUCAACACCAACAUCAUGGGCCCCAUGAACGUCACUAAGGAGUUUCUGCCCUAUCUGCAUGCAGCAGCCACAGCCAAUGGGAAACCAGGGAUGUCCUGCAGUAAGGCAGCUGUGGUCAGCAGUUCCAGCACGGUGGCCUCCAUGGCAACCGUCAAAGAGCUGUAUCCUUUCUUCCCAGCCAUCUCCUAUCGCAUCAGCAGAGCUGGUCUGAACAUGCUGACGCUCUGCGCUACAGAGGAGUUCAGGAAGGAUGAGAUCCUGUUUGCAGUCCUGCACCCGGCCUGGGUCCGCACAGACAUGGGUGGAGAAGAGGGGGCAAUCGAUGCUCCAGAGAGUGUGGAAGGACUGCUGCGCAUGAUGGACUCCCUCACUGAGAAACAGUCUGGGGCCUUCCUGGACUAUGAGGGCAAAGUCUUGCCUUGGUAAACUCACUGGACUGUACUGAACAC